UUGAGGGGCAGAGAAAAGAAAAAUGGGUUCCGCAGAAUGAUAUUAAAAAGGAUAGGAGAAAUCCAUGACUUGUUCUCUUAUCCGCGGAGAUGGUGAAGCUCUGGGGAUCUUCGUUAUCCAUUUCUCCAUUCCCCUCCGUCAUCUCUAGAUCUUCUCACACAUGCUCCGCGACAGCCUCCUAUCUCCCCCCUUUGUUCAGCGUCGCCCCGAUGAUGGAUUGGACGGACCAUCAUUAUAGGACGCUCGCUCGUCUUAUCUCGUCUCACGCUUGGCUUUACACCGAGAUGAUUGCAGCUGAUACUCUUCUCUACCACCACCCCCAUCUCGACAAGUUCUUGGCUUUUUCUCCCCAUCAACAUCCUAUUGUUCUUCAACUAGGUGGAAGCAAUGUCCAGAGCCUCGCAAAGGCUGCUCAGCUUGCUACUCCUUACGGAUACGACGAAAUCAAUCUCAACUGUGGAUGUCCCAGCCCCAGGGUCGCUGGCCAUGGGUGCUUUGGUGUUAGUCUUAUGCUCCAUCCUCAGCUGGUUGGAGAGGCUAUGUCAGCCAUUGCUGCCAACACCAAUGUCCCUGUCACUGUGAAAUGCCGAAUUGGCGUUGAUGAUCAUGAUUCAUACGAUGAGCUUUGCGACUUUGUCUACAAGGUUUCUAUUCUAUCACCAACCAGGCAUUUCAUUAUACAUUCGCGGAAGGCACUGCUCGAUGGAAUCAGCCCUGCGGACAACCGACGAAUUCCUCCUCUUAAGUACGAGUACUACUAUGCCCUUUUGCGUGACUUUCCAAACUUGAAAUUCACGAUAAAUGGAGGCAUAACUUCUGUGUCUGAGGUAAAUGCUGCACUGAGAGAAGGAGCUCAUGGAGUCAUGGUCGGCCGUGCUGCUUACAACAAUCCAUGGCAGACUCUAGGACAUGUUGACACUGCAGUUUAUGGUGUUCCAAGCAGCGGUCUUACCCGCCGACAGGUUCUUGAACAAUAUCAUGUGUACGGAGACUCUGUUAUAGGGACCCAUGGAAAUGGGAGGCCUAACGUGAGGGAUGUGGUGAAGCCAUUGCUACACCUUUUCCGUUCAGAGCCGGGUAAUGGCCUGUGGAAGCGCAGAGCAGACGCUGCUCUCAGGAAGUGCUCGACUGUUAAAUCCUUCCUCGAAGAAACCUUGACGGCCAUCCCCGAUUUUGUCUUGGAUUCGCCUGUCUCUGAAGUUCCGCCCGGGCAGGAAGAUCUUUUUGCUAAUGUAUACAGUUUAAUGCCUCCUCCAUUUGAACCUCGAGGGCAACUCAUAUUAUGUGCUUAGGUUCAUACUUACUCGUGUAUUCAAAUGUUUUAUGGUGCAUUAAAAUGAGAUAUGAGUGACUUGGAUUGA